AUGGGCUCGGGGAGGACGCUGAAGUUCGCCCUGUGCGAGGUGCUGCAGUUUGCAGGCCUGUGCGUGCCCCUCUUCAUCGUCAUGCAGAGGUUCGCCGUCAUCGUGGCGAAGGUCAAAACGUCGGCGCAGCCCCCCAGAGAUGGCAGCACGGCCUACUGGCUGAUUGUGGCCUCCUCCAUCGCCUACGUCACCUCCACCGCCCUGCUGGUCUGGGUGCCCAUGAAGUACAUGGUCUUCAUGAAGAAGAAGUUUCUCAUUGGGAGGAAGAAGUGGAGGCCUGUGGCCCUCGUAUAUGUGAUCCUUUCCACAUUGCCCUGCUUUGUCUUUCUCAUCGCCAGCUCUGAGGUUCAGAUAAAUAACAACAUGAAAUAUGAUACAUUCACGGAGCUCCCUGUAUCACUAGUCCUCUUCUCUCUCAUCUGUAUUGACGUUGUGGAGAGGAUACGCCACUGCAGACUGACCGGCCAGGCUAAUGACAUGGAGAGAGACGCUGACAUCCCCUCCACUGUCCUCACACAUGUGGAACAGGUACCACCCAUCACUCCAGCUGCGCCGGGGCCAGCUGUGCCUGGGCAAGCUGGCCAAACUCCCAUGCCCGCGAACCAGCACAAUGACAGGAACCAGAACGACAGGAACCAGAACGACAGGAACCAGAACGGAUCGGGAGCUCGACAGGAGUCCAACGGGAACGUCCCGGGUAAUCCUGGGAGACCGUUCAGCAUCUCCGGCCUGAGCUCACGGUCAGCGAGCGACACGGCAUACCGCUUAUCUCCGUACGCCUACACGGGUCCACUGAGGUUCCUGUGUGCCAGCGACGCACGAGCCGACGUGUUUGUGGACAGCUUCAUGUUCUGGAUGGAUACGGUGGAGAUGGUGAGGGUGGCGGGGCACCCUGAUGUCUACUACUCAGGCUGGGUGUUCCCCAUCUACAUCUUCAGCUUCCUGUCGUGCCUGCGGGUGGUGGUCAUGCCCCACAGCCCCCUGCUUUCCUCACUCGGUGUGGCAUUGCAGGACUUUCCCUUCUUCUUCGUGCGCGUCGGCCUCAUUGCGUUCUUCGGCUUCGUCACGCCCGUCCUCUACCUGAUGAAGAACCUGCUGGUCUGCCUGGCCUUUGUCUAUUUCAACUUCAUGACCAGGCUGAGGGUCUUCAACACAGAGAGGAUGGUGUUUUGA